UCAUGUAAAAUUAAUAGAAAUGCCAAAUGAACCAACGGCUCGUUGGAUUGUUCCUCUGCAUGAUGGAAAUCGUGUAGUUGAAUUUGAACAUGGAACAGCAUCUGGUAAACGAGUUGUUCGUGUUAAUGGCAAGACAAUUAUUCAUCGUGACUGGAUGUUUCGUUUAGUUGGUGACGAAGAAUUUGUCUAUGGUGGUACCAAGUUUAUUAUUCGCGUUGAUCCAAUACCAGGUUUAAAAUACUCAUACACACUUUGGGUUAAUGGAAAAAGUUUCACUAGUUUUAUUCAGGAGCAGUCGAAAAUUCUUGAGACUUGGAUUGUUAGAAUUGGGGAAAAAAAAUAUAAAGUUAUAUUGGAUAAAAAUUUACUGUCGGUUUGGAUGAAUGGAGAAGAAAUUCAAGUUGAGAAUCAAUUUGUUGAUGACGGAGCAGAAAUGGUUUUUAAAAUUGAUGGAACUCAAGCUGUAAUAAGAUCAUACAGUUCACAGCAAAAAGGUGCUGGUAUUAAAUACAUUCUCUAUGCAGACGGAAUUCAAGUUACGGAAAAAGGAUUGUUAUCUGAUUAAUUAAUAAUUUAAAUAAAAGU